AUGAGCUGUGUUGCUGCUGCUCCUCUAGCAGCACCUCCGGUGGCGACGACAAUGAUGGCGUCGCCUUCUGAUUCCGGAGAGCUCGACGUCGCAGCUGCUGUUGCAUCAGCGGCUGCGGCUUUGAUUAGUCCGAUGGCUCUCCCAGCAACGAUGACGAACGGGAGAGAUAUGAACAAGACUUCUCAGAUUCUCAAUGAUUAUUUGAAUAUGGUGGUGGGAAAGCGUGUUCAACUGAUGGGGGACUCAUCUUCUUCAUUUGGACUCGAUACUCCAAACCCAAAACUGAUGUUUACUCCACUUGACUUGCCAACAACAGCUGAGUUAAUGCAGCGAUGUUUAGCAGUGAAUCCGUUUGAAGCGAAGUUUCGAGAAGCGAAUCAAAAGAUCAGCUCGGGGAGUAUGCAACCGAAUACAUCGGGUGCAAAUCAAUCUCUUGAAGCGUUAGAGGCAAAUGGAGGAGCGCCAUUUGGUGGGAGUAAUGCAGGAUCUGUCUCAGAUCUUUUGCUGAAAAUUCCUCAAACAUCACUUCAACAUUCUCCUGGUAUAUUUUCAAAUAUUCAACUAUUGACUGCGGCUGGUGAUUCGGAGGGAACAACUCGAGAAAAUCUGAAAACGGCAGAUAUUUCCAAAUUGCUGUCUGUGGCCGGUGACUUCUCGGCCCAAGCUCCCCGAACUGCCGAUGUGUUGAAUGCUGUACUUGAUAUGCACUCAGAUCGUUUACAUACAAUAAACUAUUUGAACAACAAACCGGAUUUCUCGGCACUUCUCCGAUCUCCGUCAUCAUCAGCACCAAAUUCAGCAUCUGUUCUUACGAAUGCAAUGACGAUUCCAUCAACAAGUGGAGCAUCUGGAACAUCUCUUCUAUGUCCUCCAAAAACAGUCAGCUCUUAUCAUUCUCCUAUGGGAGCAUCCCAACCACCAUCAACUCAAAAAUCACCUGCAGAUGGUGGAAGUUGGGAUCAUGGCGAGAAACAGAUAAAAAAGGAAAUGCCAUAUUUUGGAGAUGAGGCGAUGAUGCUAAUGGAAAGAAGCAAUAUGUCUUCAUCGGGUUCUGAUCAAGAUCAAGGUCCAUCCAACACGGGCUCAACAGCAUCCACAAGUACUGGAAAUCCAGUUGGUCGGCCACAAAAUGGAACUCCUGGCAGGGGUCGUGGUCGAGGAAGGAGUACAACUGCUGACAUGCAACCGGAUGAGAGGCGGAAUACCAUUCUAGAACGAAAUAAGGCAGCAGCUGUGAGGUAUCGGAAAAGGAAGAAGGAAGAACAUGAUGAUAUGAUGGGAAGAGUUCAAGCAAUGGAGGCAGAGAAGAAUCAGCUACUGACACAAAACCAAGUAUUGCGACGGGAACUCGAAAGGGUGACUGCGCUAUUGACUGAAAGAGAAUCUCGAUGUGUUUGUCUGAAAGGAAUUCCAAUGGGAGACGAUCAGCAUGGAACAUCAAAUCGAGGUGGAAACAGCAAUGGGAUGUAUCCAUCAUCCGAUAUGUUGAACGGUCUCAAUCAAAUCAAUGGAAUGCAUAUGAAACUACCCAAACUUGGAUGA